UGUCCGGCUCCGGCAGCGGCGGUCCGGCUGCGAGAGCGGCGGCGGCGGCGCGGGGCGACAGCGGGCGUCGCGCGGCCGGGACCAUGGCUGGAGGCAAAGCUGGAAAGGAUAGUGGGAAGGCCAAGGCUAAGGCGGUGUCCCGCUCCCAGAGAGCCGGGCUGCAGUUUCCUGUGGGCCGCAUCCACAGACACCUGAAGACCCGCACCACAAGCCACGGACGGGUGGGCGCCACUGCUGCUGUGUACAGCGCUGCGAUUCUGGAGUACCUCACAGCUGAGGUGCUGGAGUUGGCAGGGAACGCUUCUAAAGAUCUCAAAGUGAAGCGCAUCACUCCACGCCACCUGCAGCUUGCCAUCCGAGGUGAUGAAGAGUUGGACUCGCUCAUCAAGGCUACCAUCGCUGGGGGCGGUGUGAUCCCGCACAUUCACAAAUCUCUGAUUGGAAAGAAGGGACAGCAGAAAACUGCCUAGGAAGUGAGUUAACACACCUGCUCUCCCUCCCUGUCUGUAACUGGGACAGAGGACCCCAGUGGGGUGUGUGGAAUUCUUAAGAACGGUUCGAUGGAAAAGCAUAGACAAUUGCUGUAGACAGGAUAAAAGAAACAUUUGUAUGUUUUUAGACUGGAGAAGUUUGAUACGUCCCUUUCCCUGUGGUCAGAGUCAUGUGUUGAUUGACCAGGUUUCUCCCUUGUGUUUUAUACAAAAAUAGAAUUGAUAAAACAUUUUUUACAAAAUUAA